AUGAUUUUUCAUACUUCCUCUCUCUUCUUCGUGGCUCUUCUCAAUGGCUUGCUCUUCCAACAAUCUCUCGCUGACUCUCGUCUGGUCGUACGAGCAAAAGAUGCAGACACAUACUGUUUCAUUUUACCCAAAUCUCGUAUGACAAUCGGUGAAAGCGAGAAUGGAUCGAAUGAUUUGGUGAAUUCGUGGUGCACGCAACCCUACGAUGGACAAUGGCAACUUCCAAAUGAUUUCUGGACGAAUGGACCGCAUUUCGUAGAAAAGCGAUACAAUGAUGGCAAUUUACGUUACAAACAAAUCACUGGCUGUAUUAAUGCCAACAAGCUGCCCACUUUAGUACCCGGCGAUGGUGGCGGUCAAUACGAUUCAAAUGGAGGUGAUGGAGGAAGAGGUAACCCAAGAGAUAGUAGUUGCAGAGGCUUUGCUUCAUAUGUCGAAUUGGUUGAGCCAGAUGUAGGCAGAAUUUGCAUUCGAUGCUGCAAAGAUCCGAACGAUUGUCCCUUGCACAUGGACACAAGUGGAUGCCCGGCUGUUAUUCCAGGCCAAUACUGUUGA